AUGGAGCUGUGGCACAGGAGGAGGAUGCCGAGGGGCCAGCUCUCUGCUCUCCUCCUCCUCGCCUUGGCCUGGCUCUGGCUGCCGGCAGGGGGUCGGCGUCCCCCCCGGCCACCCCCUUGCCCCCCGAGCUGCUCCUGCACCCGGGACACAGCUUUCUGUGUGGACUCCAAGGCCGUGCCCAGGAAUCUGCCCCCCGAGGUCAUCUCGCUGACGAUGGUGAACGCAGCCUUCACGGAGAUCCGAGAGGCAGCCUUCGCCCACAUCCCCUCGCUGCAGUUCCUCCUCCUGAACUCCAACAAGUUCACGCUGAUCGGGGACAACGCCUUCGCUGGCCUCUCGCAUCUCCAGUACCUGUUCAUCGAGAACAACGACAUCCAGGCGCUCUCGAAGGCCACUUUCCGUGGGCUCAAGUCCCUGACCCACCUGUCCUUGGCCAACAACAACCUGCAGACGCUGCCCCGGGACCUCUUCAAGCCGCUGGACAUCCUGAGCGACCUGGACCUCCGGGGCAACACGCUGGCCUGCGACUGCAAGAUCAAGUGGCUGGUAGAAUGGCUGGAGAGCACCAACACCACGGUCCCCGCCAUCUUCUGCAGCAGCCCCGGGCAGUUCGAGGGCCAGCGGAUCCGGGACCUGGCACUCGGUGACUUCCAGUGCAUCACCACAGACUUCGUGGUGCAUCAGGUCCUGCCCUUCCAGUCGGUGUCGGCUGAGCCCUUCACCUACGCCAGCGACCUGUACGUCGCCCUGGCACAGCCCGGCGCCAGCAGCUGCGCCGUCCUCAAGUGGGACUACGUGGAGCGCAAGCUGCGUGACUUUGACCGCAUCCCCGCUCACUCGGCGGUGCACUGCAAGCCCAUCGUGGCGGAGAACCAGCUGUACGUGGUGGUGGCCCAGCUUUUCGGCGGCUCCUACAUCUACCGCUGGGACACUGCCGUGGACAAGUUCAUCAAGAUCCAGGACAUCGACAGCCAGAAGACCCGCAAGCCUAACGACAUCGAGGCCUUCCAGAUCGAAGGCGACUGGUACUUUGUCAUCGCCGACAGCUCCAAGGCGGGCUCCACCAGCCUCUACCGCCUCAACCAGAAUGGCUUCUACUCCCACCAAGCCCUCCAUGCCUGGCACCGCGACACCGACGUGGAAUACAUGGAGAACGACGGCAAACCCCGGCUGAUCAUCUCCAGCAGCUCCCAAGCCCCCGUCAUCUACCAGUGGAACCGGGCGCAGAAGCAAUUCGUGCUCCAGGGGGAGGUGGGGGAGAUGCUGGACGUGCAGAUGGUGAAGCACUUCAGGGUGAAGCGGGACCAAUUCCUCUGCCUCAGCCGCUACAUCGGUGACUCCAAGGUAGUGCGAUGGGAAGGGCAGCGCUUCGUUGAGCUCCAGACGCUGCCGUCCCGCGGCUCCAUGGUGAUGCAGCCCUUCUCGGUGGAGCAGCGGCAGUACCUGGCCCUGGGCAGUGACUUCUCCUUCACCCACGUCUACCUGUGGGAAGAGGAGAAGCAAAAAUUCGUCAAGUUUCAGGAGCUGUCGGUACAGGCGCCGCGGGCUUUCCGCUACGUGCCGGCUGCCGACGUGCAGCUCCUCUUGGCUCCCAGCUUCAAGGCCAACACGCUGGUCUACCGGCAUGUGGUGGUGGACCUCAGCCUUUAG